GGAGUCUGCGCGAACCUCAAACACCAUAGAUUUCAACAUGGCGCCGGCUGCCGAGAAGAAGAAAGAGAAAGAGGCAAGUGCAGACAAAAAAGACGACAAAAAAUCGAAGGAUGAGACCAAAAAAGAAGAAGAGCCUGAACUGAGCGAAGAGGACAGACUGUUGCAAGAAGAGUUGACAAUGCUUGUGGAAAGACUGUCGGAAUCCAAUGUAUCAUUACACAAACCAGCACUAGAAGCACUGAGGUCUCAAAUCAGAGCCAGCACAAGCUCGAUGACAUCUGUUCCUAAACCCUUAAAAUACCUCAGACCACACUUCUCUACAUUGAAAGAAAUAUAUGAGAAAUGGGGUGAUGGUGAAAAUAAGAGAUUCCUGGCAGACAUUAUCUCAGUACUUGGCAUGACAAUCAGUGAAGGCCGGGAGUGUCUGAAAUUUAGAAUGUUGGGAUCAAAAGAGGAACUGGAGUCAUGGGGACAUGAAUAUGUCAGACAUUUGGCUGAGGAAAUUCGUGGCGAGUACAGUGACAGAUCAGACAAAGGAGGGGGAGUGGAAGAUCUUGUCGCCCUUGCUAAAGAAAUUAUACCAUACAACAUGCAGCACAAUGCAGAAACUGAGGCCUGUGACUUACUGAUGGAGAUUGAAAGACUGGAUUUACUGGAGCAAUAUGUUGAUCAAAACAGCUUUCAAAGAGUCUGUCUUUAUCUCACAAGCUGCGUGAGUUAUGUUCCUGAGCCAGAAGAUAGUACUUUGUUGAAAACUGCAUUGAAAAUUUUUAGAGAGUUUGACCGCCAGCCAGAGGCUAUGAAGUUAGCCAUCCAACUGAAUGAUGUAGAUCUCAUCAAGGACAUUUUUCUUUCAUGUAGUGGAAGUGAUGAGAAAAAAUUAAUCCAGAGACAGAUGGCAUUCAUGUUGGCAAGACAACAAGUCUAUCUGGAGCUUGAUGAAAACAUGGAUGACUAUGAUGAGUUGGUGGAGAUCAUGUCCAAUGCACAUUUAAACAACAAUUUUCUCAGUCUUGCAAGAGAGUUGGAUAUCAUGGAGCCUAAAGUUCCUGAGGAUAUUUAUAAAACACAUCUAGAAAAUAAAGGAGUUUCAAGUGGUGUUGCAUUGGACUCUGCAAGACAAAAUUUAGCUUCCUCAUUUGUGAACUCUUUUGUGAAUGCUGCAUUUGGUGCUGACAAGUUGUUAACAGAGGAUGGUAACAAGUGGAUUUAUAAAAACAAGGAGCAUGGUAUGAUGAGCACAACAGCAUCACUUGGUCUGAUUUUGUUAUGGGAUGUUGAUGCAGGACUCACUCAGAUUGACAAGUAUUUAUAUUCCACUGAGGACUAUAUCAAGGCUGGUGCUCUUUUGGCUUGUGGCAUAGUUAACUCUGGUGUGAGGAAUGAAUGUGAUCCAGCCCUGGCUCUGCUAUCAGAUUAUGUUCUGCAUAACAAUAACAUCAUGAGACUUGGAUCGGUUGUUGGGCUUGGUCUUGCGUAUGCUGGUUCAAACAGACAAGAAGUUUUGUCCCUUAUUCUUCCCGUUCUUGGUGACCCAAAGUCGAACCUAGAGGUGAUUGGUAUGGCGAGUAUAGCUUGUGGCCUUGUUGCUAUUGGAACAUGUAAUGGAGAAGUUACGUCAACCAUACUUCAAACAAUGAUGGAGCGCUCUGAAACAGACGCCAAGGACACAAAUGCUCGGAAUUUAGCCCUGGGUCUCGGUUUGACAUUUUUAGGUAAACAAGAGGCUGCGGAGGCUACCCUUGAAGCUCUUAAAGUCAUCCCAGAACCUCUUGCGAAGUGGGCAACAAUCCUUGUUGAAAUCUGUGCAUAUGCUGGAACCGGAAAUGUUCUCAAAAUUCAGGAGAUGUUGCACAUCUGUAGUGAGCAUUUUGAACAGAAAGACGACGAAGAAAAAGAAAAGGAUUCCAAAGACAAAGAUUCAAAGGACAAAGAUAAGGAUAAAAAAGAGGCAGAGAAGCCAGAUGAUGGCAGCCACCAGGGCGUGGCUGUAUUGGGCAUCGCUUUAGUUGCUAUGGGGGAGGAAGUUGGCUCUCAGAUGGCGCUCAGAACCAUGAAUCAUCUGCUACAGUAUGGUGAACCCGUGAUACGCCGUGCGGUGCCAUUGGCUCUUGCUAUCCUAUCAGCUUCCAAUCCACAACUGAGUAUAAUCGACACUCUUAGCAAGUUGUCACAUGACAAUGACGCUGAAGUGUCACAUAACUCCAUUUUUGCCAUGGGAGUUGUCGGUGCAGGUACCAACAAUGCACGACUCGCGGGAAUGCUCCGUCAGUUGGCCAUGUAUUACCACAAGGAUGCAAACAAUCUGUUUAUGGUGCGACUCGCACAAGGAUUAGUCCACCUUGGUAAAGGUACGCUUACACUCGGACCGUAUCACUGUGAUCGCUCCUUGAUGAUGCCUGUUGCCGUCGGUGGCUUGCUGUCUGUCCUCUUGUCGUUCUUGGAUGUGAAGAACGUAAUUCUUGGUAAAUCGCACUAUGUGCUGUUUAACCUGGUAUCUGCAAUGCAGCCUAGAAUGCUUGUCACGUUUGACACAGACCUACGUCCUUUGCCAGUCUCUGUCCGAGUUGGCCAGGCGGUUGAUGUGGUUGGCCAAGCAGGAAAGCCCAAGACAAUAACAGGAUUUCAAACUCACACCACUCCUGUGCUGCUUGCGUAUGGAGAACGAGCAGAGUUAGCCACAGAAGAAUACAUUUCGCUCGCGCCGAUAAUGGAGGGUUUUGUCAUCUUGAAAAAGAAUCCAGAAUACGAAAAGGCAGAGAGCUAAAUUGCCGAGACAUGGGUGGCACGUUUGUAAAUAAACUUUACAACCGGUAAUAGACUGCCGAGUAACAGACCUCUUCAGUGCGACAGUGAGAGUGCUAAAACUACUGGAGAACUUUCUUUCACCUUAGGAAGCAGCAAAAAUAUGUUAGUCAACUUCCAACAAUGAAGAAUGCUUUUGCAAAAUAAAAUCUUAUUUCACCCGUG